CCGCUCUUCUUUUUCUCUUUCUCGUACCAGAAAAACCUUCUUCUUUCUCUCUCUCUCUUUUCAAAUUCUCUAUCUUUUUCGCAUCUACACUUUAUAGUAUUCACACACCAUGGGUCUGUUGCGUUUCUCGCGGAAGGACAAACCGUCAGCAACUACGAGCACAACGACUUCAUCAGUAUCAACGUCCGGACGCUUCGAAAUCCCAUCCCCUGUCAGCAGCAAUAAGGACACCAGCAGACAGCAAAAGACAGUCAGCCGAGACUUUUUCAGCAACAGCGCGUUCAGAGCCAUUAUUGGUGAGCGCGGCAGCUUGAUGGAUGACAUUUACAGCGAAUUACAAUUCGACUUGCAGGGGAGUAGUAGAAAGCCUAUUAUACCGUGUUCCUCAGCUUCGACAUCAACAGCAGCCUUUGAAAAUACAAAACCAACACUUGUUGCCAGCAAAAGCGCCGCUUUACCCAGACACCGAAUCAACAGGAGUAAUAGCAAUAACACGAGUUCUCAAGGCUUCCUUGAGCAAAAUUAUAUGGAAGCAAAUAGUCGUCGCCAGCAGCUACAUCAUAACCAUGCAAACCCUGGAUCUUCUAAUAAUAGAAUGACACCAGCAGCACCACCACAACCCUUUGCGCGCCCGGACGUGUGGGAUGUCGAUCAUCAAACGAGGAGAAAGAGCAAGCAGCAUUACUAUAAUUUCCAGUCGGAUAUUCUGCCACCACCAGUCUCACAGCGGAUGCAAAAAAAAGAAAAACAUCAAGCAUCUAGACGAUCGCGAUCUGUGCCGGGCAGCGGCCGUCAAAUUCCUGUCAUUAAUGAGCCAACCACGGCUUCUGCCGAGCCUUCCGCACAACGACAGCAGCAGCACAAGCAGCCAAUGCAGAACUGUGCAACACAAAAAUGCGACUUGCUGCAACCAGGCAACGCACUGCAUGUGCAUCUACCGCCAACUCCACCACCUGAUGCCGAAGAAGAAGACGAAGAAGCAACAACGAACCAUGGUCACCAUGGCAACAGCAACUGUCACUGUAGAAACAACCAUCACUAUGACAACCAUCACCAUCAUCACUGCCAUCAACAUAGCAACGACAACUGUCAUCACCAACCUCCUACCACUCCUUCAUCAUGUCCACAUAGUCAUCAUAAUCAUCAUCAUUGUACUGCUAACCACCAUCACCACCCUACCAUGGACAGUUAUUCACCGUGCAUGGCUCACCAUACGUGUCCGAAUCGACCGUUACAGCAACCUUAUCACAAUCAACAUCAUUGCCAACACUAUAACCAUUGUAUCCACCACAAUCAUUGUAUGCACAACCACCACCACCACCAUCAUUAUCAUCAUCAUCAUCACUGUUGUUGUAACGUUUACUCCCCGCCUCCUCCUCCUUGUCACCCUUGUCACCAUCAUCAAACCCAGCACAACCACCAAGGUCCACAACACCACGAUGUUCGGCGAUCAGCAUCAGCUGUUGUACUUCCUAGCCAUUCCAAUCCUGCUUUAAAACCAUCGUCGAUGACGACUCGUAAAGGAAAAUAUCGAGUAGUCCAAAAUGAAAACAGCAACAAUGCAGGACAUUGUUGCAACAAGAACAAGAACACCCAAUAAUAAUACUACUAGUGCCCAGCAGCAAUUAUUUUAAAGGGGGUUGGGCAUGCUAGAUGCCAGUAAUACGAGGCUAGAAGAUUGUACUAUAAAAUAUUACACACAGAGACUGUAUCAUCUACCCAUAAGAAGGUGCCAUCCCUCCUCCUCCUGCUCUUCCCCCCUCUUUGAGUUAAUUAAUCAUAUAUGCUAAAAAAGAAACAAUAAAAAAUAAAGAAGGGCAAGACCCGAGCACACACACAUCACGCACGACAUAUUACCAUGUUUAUCAACUCCUACCUCAGUAAUAGCAG